AUGAAGAUUCCAGUUGCGGAACGUACUCAUGACGCGUUCCCUCUCCACAGUGCGUGUGGUCGGAAUAAAACGAGCUCACCUAAGACAACUGCCUACGAAACUCUCGCGAAGCUUGACUGCAGGAGGCGUUCCAGUUCCAUGGAGCCAGGAAAGAGAUCGUGCAUAUCACUGGGCUCAUACUUCACUCCUGAAGCUACAGCUCGGGCUUAUGACGCUACAUUGUUGUGCCUCCGAGGGCCCCACGCUUCCUCUUUCAAUUUUCCAGACUCGCAGUUCAACUCAACUGUAUUAGAGAUGGCAGCUGCACAGAGCAAUCCUUCACCCCACGUUAUUCGAACAGCUGCCAUUGCGGUUGGGUUUGAGUUUGACAGCGUUCCUGCAAGAUACCAUUAUAAUGUGGAGGGUGGAAAAGCCUCAACCCAUACUGGCCAAGGCGUUAAUAAUCAACAGAUUACAGAGACAGUGGAGGAAGAAGAAGAUAUGUGUGAGGCAAAUGAUACAAAAUAUCUUCUGCAAUCCCAUGAGGAAAUAUCAUAUGAGGAGAGGGUUCAGAUGUCCCUACUUUUACCUGAGGAGAAGGAGAUGAUGCAGCAUUACGAUCCAUCUGAAAUCUUCCCUGAUUUCAGUACAUUGGAUGAAACCAUUUUCCAGGCGACACGGGCAAAAACUCCUAGUUAA